AUGGCGGAAGUAGCAUUUACAAAGAGCUUCCUGGCUUCUCUGGACUCAAAACCUAUUAAAGUCCCCGCAGAUACUGUCUAUAACCCCCAAACUUUCGCCCCUCGUUUCCCGAAAAUCAAGACCACAGCACCUCCAGGCUCAUCCAAGGGAAUAACUAUCCACCUAAAGUCCGCUCGCAACCCUGUGCUAGACAUCAAACUUGCAAAUGUAGCUCUAGCUACCGCAACAGUCCACGAGCUUAAGGAUGCCGUUCAUCAGAGAAUACGACCCACUAAUUCAACAAACCCCGACGAAAGAGUGCUGUUGGAUAAGAUAAAGCUAUUAUGGAAACGCAAGCCUGUCCAGGGAACAUCAAUUGCAGAUAUUUUGACAGACGAACCUGAUAUAAUCGACGGGAAGAGUCCUGCUGAGUUCAGUGUGAUGGUUUUGGGCGGAGCAUCUGCUAUUUCUGAGGAGGAGUUAAAAGCUGCUGCUGCUACGAAGGCUGAUAAGCCUGCGGUUGCAUUGGAUUCACCUGAGGAUACAGAGAUGAAGAAUCCAGAUGAGGAAGAAAACCCCGUGAAUGUUGCAGCAAUGCGUGCUGAGUUCCAGGCUUGUUAUAAUUCAUUUGAUUUCUGGGCACAGGUUGAGGAAUUCAUAGAAUCCAGGAUGGAUGUCGAGCCAGAAUACGCUGGGGUCAUGGUCACCAUUUUCCAAGAUGCGUUGAAGGCUUACUUGGAUAAAUAG